AUGGCGGCGCUAGCUAGCGGCGCGUCUUUGGUCGUUCCCAGCGCGUGCACAGCUGCAGGAAAAUCCUCACUCUCGUGCGCGUCGUCAAGCGUUUAUGGCCUUCCUGCCCUCCAGAUUCGUUCUAGACGUGCCUCGGCUAACGCAUCAAGCCGCAGCUUUCAGAGAAGAAUUCUGCAAAUUGUGGCAGCGACCGAUUUGAAGGAGGAGAUGGUGGAGUUCGCGAACGCUGAGAAACGGUGGAGGGAUUUCUCAGGUGCGUGUCAAUUAACUGUCUUCCCGAUGCCUGUCUUCUGCAUAUCCAGAAAAAGUUUGCUAAAAUUGCUGUUUUUGCAGAUUGCCGAGGGCAAGGUGAAGUCACUGUCUGCGAAGGAAGCGGGGUACACUUACCAGCUGUCCGACUAUGUUCUUCUUGACGUUCGGCCGUCGUAUCAGCAUAACAAGGCUUGGGUAAAAGGCUCGCUGUGGAUUCCUGCCUUCGACAUCGACAACAGUGUCAGCCCAGGGGUCUUGUCCCAGAAAUUCAUGACCUUCAUGAUGGGAGGAUGGUGGUCUGGAGCGUCAGUCAACAAGAGAAACGAGCGGUUUAUGGCUGACGUUGUGGCUAACAUUCCCAAGAGUGCCAACAUUAUUGUUGCGUGCCAGAAGGGUUUGAGAUCUCUUGCUGCAUGUGAGCACCUUUACAAGGCUGGCUACAGAAAUAUCUAUUGGAUAACUGGUGGCUUCGACACUGCCAGUGACGAGGACUUUGAGCGGGAGGGACCAGUUCCCCUUCAGCUGGCGGGCAUUGGAGGCAUGUCUGAAUUUAUUGGCUGGACUGAUCCUCAACGCCGCCUUGCCAAAACUGAGGGGUGGCAGUACCGUGCCCUCUUUUUUGGCCGACUGCUUGUGGUAUUUUUGGCUGCGGACCUUGCUCUUAUUGGGUUGCAGCAACUCAGCUCUUUUUUUCCGAAACCAGUCGAAGGAAGAAUGUCAGGCGGCCCGUCCGGCGGCGUGGGAGCGGGAGGGAUGAGCAGAGACGGCGCGCAGAUGCCGCCCGACAUGGCGUUCGAAUGGGGCUACUCGCCGCGAGCCGUGCACUCACCAUCCCGCUUCAGCCGGGACGAGGAGGCGAACCCUAAUCGCACCAAGAGCAACCUCAGCCAGCAACGCACGCUCAGUCUCAGCGCCGCGCGCCUCAGCCAAGCCGCCGCGGAUCUCGGAUUCCACGUCACCCCUCCCCCGUACCCAUCCGCUUCCGCCAAUGCGCCGCCCGCGGCGCAAGCAGGCGCGUUCCCCGGCUUUUCCCCCGCGGCUGCUGCGGCUGCUGCUGCUGCGCUGGCGGCAGGCGGGGAUGCUGGCGCGGGGGCGGGGUGGUCAGGAGGGGUUGCUGGUGCUGGUGGCGCCGGCCAUCUACAAUCGCUUACAGUGGAUCCGUCUAAAGCGGGGAUAUCCGCGCGGGGAGCAGGGGGGCACGGCGUGCCGCCUUUGCCGCUUCCGUCGCCGAAAGGAAACGCCGCCGCUGCGGGCAAGCUGGGCAGCCCGAGAGGAAACUUUUCCGGGUCGCUGGCAGCCGCGCUGGGGCAUUGGCCGAGAGGCAGUCUGCCCGCGAGCAUUCAGCAGCAGCUGAUGAUGGGGGCGAUGGGUGGAGGGGCGGGCGGGGGAGCAGCAGGGGGGGGCGCAGCGGGACUUGCAGGGCUGGGGGGAAUGCAGGGCGGCUUUGCUGGCGCCGCCCAGCUAGACGGCCGAUUGGACGACAACAACCCCCUCUCGCGGACCAGUAGCGCGCCGCCACUUGGCGCGCUUCUCGCCAGCAUUGGUGACGUGGCAGAGCUGGAGAGGCUGUACCGAUUGCUCCCCGAUGCCAUGUCACCAGACGUCUCCCCGCACGUGGGGCUCAGUCUGCCGUACCAGAGCAUAGCCGCGGCGUCAGGCUCGGCAACAAGCUCGGCAGUAGGCUCGGUCGCAACGAGCCCGGACCGGGAAUUGCACUUGCAUCGGCUCCUGGGGAGCAUGGGGAGCGGAAGUAUGGGUAGCAUGGGUAGUGGGGGCAUGGGCAGUGGGAGCAUGGCGGGAUAUUUAUCGUCAACUGUACCAUCAAUGGCGGCUUUGGUAAGGGAGCGCACUAAGCUCUCCCGCACUAGCAGCUGCCCUCCCCCUGUGGCGGAGGACAUGAGCGGGGGCGCGGGGGGAAGCGGAAUGGAGGGGCGCGGGGGCGAGGGGGAGUCGUCUGAGUCGGAGGGGGAGAGCGGGCAGCAUGGGGCGGGCGCGGGGCACAAGAGGAAGAAGCGCAGAGCGCCGGGGGGAGUGGGGGCGGGUGCUGACGUGGCGGGGCUGGGGGGAGGCAGGAGCGGCGGAGGCAGCAAGCGGGAGCCAGACGACGCGCUGGACGGCGGGGCGCGCCCGGGGGGCCGAGGAGGGGGCGGGGGAGGCGCAGGGAGCGCGGGCAGCGGGGGGAGGGGAAGCGCGGGGGCGUGGGUGGGGAGCCCGGGGGGCGGGUACAGCAUGCAGGGCGGGGGGAUGGGGGGAAACAUGCAGGCGGGGGCAGUGGAGACAUCAAGCCAGGACUACAUUCACGUGCGGGCGAGGCGAGGGCAGGCCACUGACAGCCAUAGUCUUGCUGAAAGGGUGCGACGUGAGAAGAUCAGUGAUCGGAUGAAAGUGCUCCAGAGCCUUGUUCCCACGUGCACCAAGGCGACGGGCAAGGCAGUGAUGCUGGACGAGAUCAUCAACUACGUUCGAUCGCUGCAGUUGCAGGUUGAGCUGCUAUCGGCCAAGCUAGCAGCAAUAGAGCAGGACACGGCGGAGAUGGACGGCUCGGAUUCACCCGCCGACUUCUGUGCGGCUCAGAUGGCAGCACUGGGAGGGCUGCUAGUCCCCGCCGCCCCUGGUACUGCUGCUGGCGCCGGGGCAGGUGGAGGAGGAAAUGCUGCUGCUAUGGGUGGCGGUGCUGCUGCUGCUGGUGCUUCUGCUGCUGGUGCUUCUGCUGGUGCGGGCGCUUCUGGUGGUUCUGCUGGUAGUGGUGCUGCCGCUGUGGCUGUGGCUGCCCUUGCCGGAGGAUCGUUUCGACAGGCAUCUCCGUCCUGCUCACAGUCUCACGAUUGGUCUACCACUGAUACGGCCCAUCACAGCACAGCAUCACCAAUCGCCACGCCAUCAGCAUCGGCGUCACUAGGAGCAGCAUCCGCCCUGCACCCGGACAUGGCCUCCCUCCCCACUGACCUCGCCCGCCUCCUCCUCUCCCGCCACCUGCCCCACUCCCCCUUCGGGGGACCCGCUGGGGGAGGCACUGGGGGAGGGCUGGCUGGGGGAGGGGGAGCAGGAGGGGGAGGGGUUGACGAGGGGGGAAUGGGAGGAGGGGGCGGGGGAAUGGGGGGAGGCGGAGGGGAGGGGCUGGGGGAACUGACGAUGGAGCAGCUGCAGGCGCAGCUGGAUGCCAUGAAUGGGGCAGGGGGCGGGGGAGAAGGGGGGAAUUUGUCACACAUGGGCGUGCAGUGUGAGUGGGACGGUGGGCUUGAGAGCAUAGUGGCAGCAGCAGCUGCCAUGCCGCCUUCCCAGCAGGCCCAGUCAGCUUCAGGGACCAGCCACUCAGCCAAUAACCAUCAUGCGUCAGGCUCACCCUCCAUGUCCCAGCAGUCGGCGGUCGAAGGCAUGGAGUCGUACUAUCAGGCCAUGCGCAAUUCUCUCCGCGCCCACCUCUCCGCGAUUCACGGCGAGGCGCGCCGGCGGCUUCCCCCAGCCCUGGCGAGCGCGCAGGUCGCUUCUGUGUGCUUUGCUGCGGUGCUGGUGCUGGUGCUGAUGCCGCUGGGGUUGUGGAUCGGACGGCUGGGAAUGGGCGUCAAGAUGAUCUAUGGCUUUGUGUUGGGGAUUGCGUGCUCGCUACUGUACUCUUCGCUUGCAAUGAGAAAUGCGCGGCAGAGAGAAAAGAAGCUGGCGUGGGUGAAUGCGGCAGUGCGGCAGAUGUGGCCAGAGCUGCGCAAAGCAAGCACGGAAAUGCUGAAGAGCAGCCUGAGGGGUCUGUUCGAGGGGUAUCAUUUUGGCAUCAUCACGGGCAUCGACGUGCGAUCUGUGGACCUGGGACCGGACCCGCCAACUAUCACUGAGCAACCUGAGGGGCGACCUGGAACAGGCCCCUCAGGCACACAGGAGCAACCUGUUCCAGGAUGCCGCUUCGGCAUAGAGCAGCCUGAGGGGCCUGUUCCAGGAUGCCGCUUCGGCAUAGAGCAGCCUGAGGGGCCUGUUCCAGGAUGCCGCUUCGGCAUAGAGCAGCCUGAGGGGCCUGUUCCAGGAUGCCGCUUCGGCAUAGAGCAGCCUGAGGGGCCUGUUCCAGGAUGCCGCUUCGGCAUAGAGCAGCCUGAGGGGCCUGUUCCAGGAUGCCGCUUCGGCAUAGAGCAGCCUGAGGGGCCUGUUCCAGGAUGCCGCUUCGGCAUAGAGCAGCCUGAGGGGCCUGUUCCAGGAUGCCGCUUCGGCAUAGAGCAGCCUGAGGGGCCUGUUCCAGGAUGCCGCUUCGGCAUAGAGCAGCCUGAGGGGCCUUCGCGUCGUGAUUCUCUUUCUCCAGUUCUCUCGAUCGCCUCGCAGCUCUACGAUGACGCCCCCAAUGGCACUCCAGCGAGAUGCCGCUUCGACAUAGAGCAGCCUGAGGGGCCUGUUCCAGGAUGCCGCUUCGGCAUAGAGCAGCCUGAGGGGCCUGUUCCAGGAUGCCGCUUCGGCAUAGAGCAGCCUGAGGGGCCUGUUCCAGGAUGCCGCUUCGGCAUAGAGCAGCCUGAGGGGCCUGUUCCAGGAUGCCGCUUCGGCAUAGAGCAGCCUGAGGGGCCUGUUCCAGGAUGCCGCUUCGGCAUAGAGCAGCCUGAGGGGCCUGUUCCAGGAUGCCGCUUCGGCAUAGAGCAGCCUGAGGGGCCUGUUCCAGGAUGCCGCUUCGGCAUAGAGCAGCCUGAGGGGCCUGUUCCAGGAUGCCGCUUCGGCAUAGAGCAGCCUGAGGGGCCUGUUCCAGGAUGCCGCUUCGGCAUAGAGCAGCCUGAGGGGCCUGUUCCAGGAUGCCGCUUCGGCAUAGAGCAGCCUGAGGGGCCUGUUCCAGGAUGCCGCUUCGGCAUAGAGCAGCCUGAGGGGCCUGUUCCAGGAUGCCGCUUCGGCAUAGAGCAGCCUGAGGGGCCUGUUCCAGGAUGCCGCUUCGGCAUAGAGCAGCCUGAGGGGCCUGUUCCAGGAUGCCGCUUCGGCAUAGAGCAGCCUGAGGGGCCUGUUCCAGGAUGCCGCUUCGGCACAGAGCAGCCUGAGGGGCCUGUUCCAGGAUGCCGCUUCGGCACAGAGCAGCCUGAGGGGCCUGUUCCAGGAUGCCGCUUCGGCACAGAGCAGCCUGAGGGGCCUGUUCCAGGAUGCCGCUUCGGCACAGAGCAGCCUGAGGGGCCUGUUCCAGGAUGCCGCUUCGGCACAGAGCAGCCUGAGGGGCCUGUUCCAGGAUGCCGCUUCGGCACAGAGCAGCCUGAGGGGCCUGUUCCAGGAUGCCGCUUCGGCACAGAGCAGCCUGAGGGGCCUGUUCCAGGAUGCCGCUUCGGCACAGAGCAGCCUGAGGGGCCUGUUCCAGGAUGCCGCUUCGGCACAGAGCAGCCUGAGGGGCCUGUUCCAGGAUGCCGCUUCGGCACAGAGCAGCCUGAGGGGCCUGUUCCAGGAUGCCGCUUCGGCACAGAGCAGCCUGAGGGGCCUGUUCCAGGAUGCCGCUUCGGCACAGAGCAGCCUGAGGGGCCUGUUCCAGGAUGCCGCUUCGGCACAGAGCAGCCUGAGGGGCCUGUUCCAGGAUGCCGCUUCGGCAUAGAGCAGCCUGAGGGGCCUGUUCCAGGAUGCCGCUUCGGCAUAGAGCAGCCUGAGGGGCCUGUUCCAGGAUGCCGCUUCGGCAUAGAGCAGCCUGAGGGGCCUGUUCCAGGAUGCCGCUUCGGCAUAGAGCAGCCUGAGGGGCCUGUUCCAGGAUGCCGCUUCGGCAUAGAGCAGCCUGAGGGGCCUGUUCCAGGAUGCCGCUUCGGCAUAGAGCAGCCUGAGGGGCCUGUUCCAGGAUGCCGCUUCGGCAUAGAGCAGCCUGAGGGGCCUGUUCCAGGAUGCCGCUUCGGCAUAGAGCAGCCUGAGGGGCCUGUUCCAGGAUGCCGCUUCGGCAUAGAGCAGCCUGAGGGGCCUGUUCCAGGAUGCCGCUUCGGCACAGAGCAGCCUGAGGGGCCUGUUCCAGGAUGCCGCUUCGGCACAGAGCAGCCUGAGGGGCCUGUUCCAGGAUGCCGCUUCGGCACAGAGCAGCCUGAGGGGCCUGUUCCAGGAUGCCGCUUCGGCACAGAGCAGCCUGAGGGGCCUGUUCCAGGAUGCCGCUUCGGCACAGAGCAGCCUGAGGGGCCUGUUCCAGGAUGCCGCUUCGGCACAGAGCAGCCUGAGGGGCCUGUUCCAGGAUGCCGCUUCGGCACAGAGCAGCCUGAGGGGCCUGUUCCAGGAUGCCGCUUCGGCACAGAGCAGCCUGAGGGGCCUGUUCCAGGAUGCCGCUUCGGCACAGAGCAGCCUGAGGGGCCUGUUCCAGGAUGCCGCUUCGGCACAGAGCAGCCUGAGGGGCCUGUUCCAGGAUGCCGCUUCGGCACAGAGCAGCCUGAGGGGCCUGUUCCAGGAUGCCGCUUCGGCACAGAGCAGCCUGAGGGGCCUGUUCCAGGAUGCCGCUUCGGCAUAGAGCAGCCUGAGGGGCCUGUUCCAGGAUGCCGCUUCGGCAUAGAGCAGCCUGAGGGGCCUGUUCCAGGAUGCCGCUUCGGCAUAGAGCAGCCUGAGGGGCCUGUUCCAGGAUGCCGCUUCGGCAUAGAGCAGCCUGAGGGGCCUGUUCCAGGAUGCCGCUUCGGCAUAGAGCAGCCUGAGGGGCCUGUUCCAGGAUGCCGCUUCGGCAUAGAGCAGCCUGAGGGGCCUGUUCCAGGAUGCCGCUUCGGCAUAGAGCAGCCUGAGGGGCCUGUUCCAGGAUGCCGCUUCGGCAUAGAGCAGCCUGAGGGGCCUGUUCCAGGAUGCCGCUUCGGCAUAGAGCAGCCUGAGGGGCCUGCUCCAGGAUGCCGCUUUGGCAUAGAGCAGCCUGAGGGGCCUGCUCCAGGAUGCCGCUUCGGCAUAGAGCAGCCUGAGGGGCCUGCUCCAGGAUGCCGCUUCGGCAUAGAGCAGCCUGAGGGGCCUGUUCCAGGAUGCCGCUUCGGCAUAGAGCAGCCUGAGGGGCCUGUUCCAGGAUGCCGCUUCGGCAUAGAGCAGCCUGAGGGGCCUGUUCCAGGAUGCCGCUUCGGCAUAGAGCAGCCUGAGGGGCCUGUUCCAGGAUGCCGCUUCGGCAUAGAGCAGCCUGAGGGGCCUGUUCCAGGAUGCCGCUUCGGCAUAGAGCAGCCUGAGGGGCCUGUUCCAGGAUGCCGCUUCGGCAUAGAGCAGCCUGAGGGGCCUGUUCCAGGAUGCCGCUUCGGCAUAGAGCAGCCUGAGGGGCCUGUUCCAGGAUGCCGCUUCGGCAUAGAGCAGCCUGAGGGGCCUGUUCCAGGAUGCCGCUUCGGCAUAGAGCAGCCUGAGGGGCCUGUUCCAGGAUGCCGCUUCGGCAUAGAGCAGCCUGAGGGGCCUGUUCCAGGAUGCCGCUUCGGCAUAGAGCAGCCUGAGGGGCCUGUUCCAGGAUGCCGCUUCGGCAUAGAGCAGCCUGAGGGGCCUGCUCCAGGAUGCCGCUUUGGCAUAGAGCAGCCUGAGGGGCCUGCUCCAGGAUGCCGCUUCGGCAUAGAGCAGCCUGAGGGGCCUGCUCCAGGAUGCCGCUUCGGCAUAGAGCAGCCUGAGGGGCCUGUUCCAGGAUGCCGCUUCGGCAUAGAGCAGCCUGAGGGGCCUGUUCCAGGAUGCCGCUUCGGCAUAGAGCAGCCUGAGGGGCCUGUUCCAGGAUGCCGCUUCGGCAUAGAGCAGCCUGAGGGGCCUGUUCCAGGAUGCCGCUUCGGCAUAGAGCAGCCUGAGGGGCCUGUUCCAGGAUGCCGCUUCGGCAUAGGGCAGCCUGAGGGGCCUGUUCCAGGAUGCCGCUUCGGCAUAGAGCAGCCUGAGGGGCCUGUUCCAGGAUGCCGCUUCGGCAUAGAGCAGCCUGAGGGGCCUGUUCCAGGAUGCCGCUUCGGCAUAGGGCAGCCUGAGGGGCCUGUUCCAGGAUGCCGCUUCGGCAUAGAGCAGCCUGAGGGGCCUGUUCCAGGAUGCCGCUUCGGCAUCAUCACGGGCAUUGACGUGCGAUUCGUGGACCUGGGGCCCCACCCUCCCACCAUCACGAGUGCGUGGCUGUGCGAAUCCGCAGGGGAUGUGCGAACAAGGGGCAGGCGCAGAGUGGCAAACGCUCUCCCAACUCAACCACCCCCCAAGCUGUGUGCACCCGCCACACUCUUCCUCUUCUCCCUCCCAACGCCCCCAGCUGUGCGGGUGCGCAGGGGAGGGCCGGGCAACGGACAGGUGAAGAGAGAAGCGCAGAGCAGCACAGCAGCACAGGGCGCUACACAGGGGGGUGUGGGGGGAGGCGGAGGAGAGGGGGAGGGAGGAGUGGUAACGGUGGCAGAGGCAAAGGAGCAUGCGGAGAGGCGGAUUCGUGGUGGUGCAGAGGCGCAGGGGAAGGGAGGAGGAACAGCAGAGAAGGGAGCAACAGAAGAGAAAGGAGCAGCAGAGAAGGGAGCAACAGAAGAGAAAGGAGCAGCAGAGAAGGGAGCAACAGAAGAGAAAGGAGCAGCAGAGAAGGGAGCAUCAGAGGAGGUGGCUGCAGGCGAGGUGAUAGCAGAGGUGGCAGUGGAGUGGGUGGAGGGGCGAGUCCAGGAGCGUAAAAUGAGGCUGAGAGUGCAGACGACCAUGAGUCCAGACGUGGAUGUGCGUGUGAGCAGCAUCGCCGCUGCUGCCACGCUCAAGCUCACGCUCAAGCCGCUGCUGCCGCGCCUGCCGGGCUUUGGUGCUGUGCUGCUGUCGCUGCUCAACCAGUGUGCUGCUGUCACUGCUCAACCAAGUGGGGCAUUUCUUACUGCGAGGAGCAUUUUCUCUCAGCAAUUUUCCCUUCCUCUCCCUCUAAAUCCCCACCCCCUACUCUGGCAGCCUUUCUUUGACUUCAAGGUGUCAGUGAUGGGCGGCAAUCUCAAGGCCAUGCCAGGGUUUGAAAAGAUGAUCGAGGUGACACACACACUCCUUCUCACAUGCUCUCGCCGCCUCUCCAAAUGA